GUCACGAGUGCGUGAACCGCUAAUGCCAGUUGGCUACGCUCGCCGACAGCAGAUCUGGUCGCCUGCUUGCACCACUUUACUCACACAGGCAAGAUGAAAGCAACAGUCUUCGUUCUCGGGCUUCUGCUCGCUGUGCAUGGGACUCUUUCGUCUCGAAUCCUCUUCAUACAAACUUCGCCGUCAAUAAGUCACGCCUUCCCAAUAAAUAAGAUAAUAGAGUCUCUGCUGCGCAGGGGCCACCACGUCACCCACAUUUCUGCUGACCUUCUCGAGACAAAUCAUGCAAACUACUCGACCGUCAGCACGCGCGAGUCUUACAAGUUCGUUGAGGACUUCAACAUCUCCACGAUGGCGGACACGUGGCCGAUGCUGCUGGCCGAAGCUUAUCACGAGGAGGGCAUCACCAUGUGUCAUCUCCAGUUCAACCUCCCGCAGAUGAAGGAAUGGCUCAAGAAGGAUGAGAAGUUUGACUUGGUGGUGACAGAGCGGCUGCCGUUCCAGUGCUACUACGGCCUGGUGCACAGAGCGGGCCGUCCGCCGCUGGUGGGGAUCGUUACACUGCCUGCCAUGAUGCCCAGCCACUACACCAUCGGCAACCCCACCAACCCUGCAUACCUGCCCGACGUGUUUGUCGGGCUGCCUGACCGCAUGACAUUCUGGCAGCGCCUCUACAAUACGUACCACUACCUGCGCUUCAUGCACUACUGGUUCUACACUGUCCUGCCAGAGCACGAGACCGUCAUGCGGCAGUACUUCGGGCCCGAGCCGCCGUCCGUUUUUGAAACAGAACGCAAUUUCAGCCUGCUUAUCGUCACAGCCCACUUCAGCAGCCACUACCCCAGGCCAAACCUGCCCAACGUCAUCGAGCUCACGGGACUGCACGUUGAGACUGACACUAAACCACUACCGCAGGGGCUGCAAGAGUUUCUGGAUGGUGCGAAGCAUGGUGCUAUCUACUUCAGCCUGGGUACCAAUGUCAGGAGCAGCACAUUGCCUCCACACACAGUGCAGGCCUUCCUGGAGGCCUUCCGUGAGCUGCCACAGCGCAUUGUUUGGAAAUGGGAGAAUGGAAGCCUUCCCUGGAAACCGGAUAAUGUGCUCGUAGGAAAAUGGUUUCCCCAGCAGGACAUUUUAGCGCACCCAAAUGUGAAGCUGUACAUAAUGCAAGGUGGUCUGCAGAGCAUAAACGAGGCUGCAUAUCGAGCCAUCCCACUCAUCGCCAUCCCCUUCUUCUCAGACCAGACACACAACGCUGCGAAGAUAGACUUUUCUGGUAUAGGUCUCCGGCUCUGUCUCAAGGAUAUCACCAAAGAAUCUGUGUUGCAGUCUGUCCAAACUGUACUGGACAACCCUAAGUACCGUGAGAACAUGAAGCAGUACUCAAUUCUAUUCCGUGAACAUCGACAACAUUCUGUGGAAACAGCUGUCUGGUGGCUAGAGUACAUUAUACGCCACAAUGGAGCUCCACACCUUCGCAGUGCCGCUGUUGACUUGUACUGGUGGCAGCUGCUACUGCUUGAUGUAAUUGGCUUUUUGUUGCUUGUUGUAGGAUUUGUAGUAGCAGUUGUCUAUUUUGCAAUACGACAAUUGAUCAAGGCAUUGACAAGUAAAAAACAUGUAAAAACAAAGAAACAAUAAUUUGAUUCCAGUUAUGAUGUGACCUUCACUGGAAGCAUUGCAUUUACAUGCUCAUUGGUGUUGAGCUACGUCUGUGUGGAUUAUUUAAGGCUGGGCUUCAUGCUGAAUAAUUUCAGAAAUGACAUUUUGUGAGUGAAAACAAAUCCAUGUGACAGAACAUUGUAUUCUGUCUACAAAUAUGUGCUCUGAUAAGUAAUAGAUCCAUCUAUUAAAAAUAACGUUCUCAUUCAUCAAAUAGAUUUUUCUGAUGAUCUCUAGCACAUUUUUAUUUUUUCCAUCAAUAAUCAGUAAUACUCUUCACAUCUCCAAUGUUUCAUAUGUGUGUUGUCAUAAUCAGCUUGUGUUAAAUCUGACCUCAUUUUAGGUAAAACUGUAUAAUAUGCAUAACCUUCUUCAUUAUUUAAAUUUACUGCUUGUUAUGCUGUAUCUUUGUUACUCAGUUGUAUAGUUCAUAACAUAUAUAGAUAUAUCAUUCAACAUCUGUAUCGUCAUCUUUGGCACAUUUGUUAUUCCUGUGAUACUGUAAUAGUUUCCAUUUUGACUUGAGAUAUAGCUAGACAAUGUUCUGUAUACCUCUUGCUGUAGGUAAAAAUGAAAUGCAUUGAGCACUACAGUGCACUUCUGACAACAAAUGAAAAGUUAUUGAGCUAACAUAGGAGGGACAGCGUGUGACUUAAGUUUGAUGUGGGACUGGGGCCAAUAAAGAUAUGUUUUUCCAACAUAACGAAUUACAGCAUUCAGAAUGUACAUUCUGGAAGCUGGAAAACAGAUACACAUUUGUCUUUACUAAUAACAUUGGUAACAUUCAUACAAAUUGAGUGGGCUCAUGAUUGAUAAAACAUCCAAAAAACAUUAAUGUUGGGAUUAUAUGUAAGAGGAAGCUUCUAACAGAGUGCCCCAGUAAAAUAAAAGAUUCCAAAAUCUUUCAGAAAGCUAGUAAACGCAUCUGGAUUUACAGAUGGCAAACAAGGAGGCUAUGAGUUUAGUAGUGUGGUGGAUGAAACAGACAAUAACUAAUUCAUUGUAUCCAAGGAAUUAAAGGAAAAGAGAAGAGGAUAACAUCCAAUAUGGGACUGAAUGCUCACAGAAAUUAGCUGACCAGGUGUACUAGAUAUUUUCUGUACAGUUAGAGUACCAUACAGCAAUAGUUUGGGAACCAGAGAAACCAUUAUUAAUAAUAAUAAUAAUUGUAUGAAUAUUUAGCUGAGAUAGUUCUAAGAAUUAUGAAAAUGGUUGAUGAGUCUGUUAGGCAUAAGCACAGUAUCAUGUAAGUUCAUAAGAACUGGAAUUAUUUAGGAAAAUGUAAUAUAAACGGAUAGAUGAAAGUUCUACUUACCAAGCAAAAGGAUUUAACUUUUACAAGCUUUUGGAGCCAGUGGCUUCUUCAGGCAGAGACUUGAAGAGGAAAGAAGAGGGGUGAAGGAAAAGGACUGUGGAGAGGUUUAGGGAAAGGUGUACAGUUCAGGAAAGUCACCCAGAACUCCAAGAGAGGGGAGACUUACCAGAUGGGAUGGGAAGAACCGACAUUCCUUUUCUUCCCAUCCAGUAAGUCUUCCCUGACCAGGGGUUCUGGGUGACUUUUCUAAAUCCAGUCCUUUUCCUUCAAUCCUCUUCCUUCCCCUUCAACUCUUCUGCCAGAAGAAGGAGCCACUGGCUCCGAAAGCUUGUAAAAGUUACGUCGUUUUGUGUGUGUUUGCUCCCCUGCCAGUGCUUGGUGAGUAGCUUUUUAGCUAUCCUUUUACAUUGUAUUAUCAAUACUUGAUUGUUAUCAUUGUUAUGUUAGGAGAAUGUAAGAACAGUACUGUGGUAUGAUUUUGUCUUUGUGUCAUAGAUUCAACUGCAGACAGUGGACUGAAAUGUAAAAAGCAGGUUAAGUAAAUAUGAUGGGAAGAAUGCAACAUGAAAUAAAUGUAGAAUAAGUGUCAUAAAACUAUUAUGAAUAAAAUGUUGUUGAGAUAUAA